AUGUAUUGGAAGCCAUAUACUGACUUGGACAGAUCUUUUUCAUGGGUUUUUUGUUCUUCCCAUUCCUGCUUUUUUUGGUGGUUCUGGCAGCUGUCUCCAUCCCCUGCUCUGCAGAUGCAGGCCUUACCGCGAAAAUGGAGGAUAUUGAAGCCGUGUACGAAUGUCACUGGCAAAACAGGAAGGAAGUACAGAAAUGGGGAUCGAGGGCCAUUUGUGCUCUUGCAAUUGAGGCUGUUUUCAUUAUUUUUACAUAUUUGGAGUUCAAGGACCUGUCAGAGUAAUAUGCAGGGUUUGAGCCGCACUCAGUCCAGUAUGCACCUCCCAUGA